GAGUAAAAUUGGGCCAUUUCAAGCCCGUGUUUUAUUUUAUGCUGUAGGCUCUUAUGGCAGGAUCAUUCAAUCUGUCCAUCCAGCCUCAUUUCCUGACACAGGCAGACCUCCCGGUUGGAUGUAUUGACAAAUAAUAAAAUUAUAUAAAUAAAUAAAUACAUAAAUAAAUCAAUAAACUCAGCGCAAGCUUGCCGGCCAGUGUCCCGCGAGCAGAGAAAGAAACAGAAGUCUUGUAAAGAUGAUGUCAGGCAAUUACACUAGUAUUGAUAAUCAAAAGGUCUCGGGAUCCGUACCUUCUGUUCCAGAUCCAGGCCUCUCUGGUAAAUUCUCAGAUUCGAAUCUGCAGACGUUUCCUCCACCAAAUGCGCAUGGGAAAAUCUCCGGUGGAUCUCACCCUCCUCGCGAUGCUGAUGUUUUUUGUAUUGGUGCAGAUACAUUUUCAAAACCUUCUUCUGGUUCUGAUGAACCCCAGCAAAGUGGUUGGUUGCGGACAUUCACAAUUGCUGCAUAUAAGCCAUACUUUGAUAUAGACACUACAGAUGUUUUGGAGAGAAUCAAAGAUUCGCUUUUCCCUUUCAGAGGAACGUUUUCUGAGAAAACUGCUGGCAACCCAGAUUUGUAUGGACCAUUCUGGAUAUGCACUACCCUAAUCUUUGUGGCAGCUUCAAUUGGCACUUUUGUUACCUAUAUAGCACACAAGCUGCAGAAGAAAGAAUGGGAUUAUGACAUAAAUCUGGUGACUUGGUCUGCUGGUGUUUUUUAUGGCUAUGUCACCAUUGUUCCUCUUGGUUUGUAUGUGAUCCUUAAGUACUUCUCAGCACCAUCAGGCCUUGUCCAGCUGUUUUGUCUAUAUGGUUACUCCCUAUUCAUCUUUAUUCCUGCACUGUGUCUCUCCAUUAUUCCCUUGGAAAUUUUCAGGUGGGUGAUUGCAGGUGUGGCAGGCUUUAUGUCAGCAUCCUUUGUGGCACUUAAUCUACGAGCUCAUAUCAUGUCAGCAGGUGAAAGGUGGUUUUUGAUUGUUGCUAGCAUCUUUUUGUUGCAGCUGGCUCUGUCUGUGGUUUUGAAGCUUUAUUUGUUCACUGUUACAGUAUAAGAAUAAACUAUCAUGAAAAAUUUGUAGAUCACAAUGAAAGUUUUACUUCUUUUUUGGUAA